CUCUCUCUUGACCGACAUACCAACCUAUCCAACAUACAACCGGAACAAUUUUGAAACAUUGAUAUUGUAAUAAUGUCUUUGAGGAACAUGAUCCAUAUUUCGGGAAAAGUUACUAUGUUUACAAUAAUUUUCACAUAACGACACUAAUAUCAACACUCAUAUAAUCACGAUACGUGCAGAUGUUCCAGUUGCUUUGAUCAUGUGGCUUGUCAAUCGCUGCCGACUUCUUGCUAAAUCUGUUGUGAAUAACAGAAUACUGGAAGUUCUUAUAAAUCGUGUGAAGAUGUCUCCACGUAUGCUGCUAACUGAUGUGUAUGUGGAAACAUGUGUCCAUACGCUCUUCUUCGUGAAGGUUAUUUCAGAUGGCGGGUACAAUAAAUAUUACAUGCCACUCAUGAAGGCGUUACAUCCAUAGCUUAAAAGGCACGAAAGACCAGGAUGCUAGUUGCUUGAACUGCAAGUUCUUUUUUGUGUCAUCCCGAAAAUACAGUUUUAGCCAAAGAUGUACGAAAUGGACAGUCCCGCAAUUAAUUUCUUCUAAAAAUUCGCAUUCAACAAUUUAAACAUAGUGUCUCCUAACAACAAGACAUUCGCGUUCUUGUUUCGGAAUUUGUUGUUUUAAAAAUGGACCCCCUUCUAAACGGAGACUUUAAAGGUGAGAAGAUAUUUUUUGAAACCGAAAAUGUUACAGUUGAAGGAAUUGUUGACUCAUUUGAUCAUGGGAACAAUAUGAUAACCAUGAAGAGGGCUGUACACUAUCCCUUGGGAAAAGAAUUUCAUGGAGAAUAUCACUUCUACAUAAAUGAAGCAAAACGUAUAUACAUUCUGAAAUAUGUCAAACACGCAGAAAGUGAAGAAAUCAUGGAAAAGUCUGGAUGCUCCAGGACUCCAUCUCAUUUGCAAAACAAAUGGCACAGUUGUGGUAUUGACCACUUCCUAACAGCAGAAGAAUAUGAUACUUUAAUUGGUGUGGCUGAUGGUGCAAUUCUCAUUGACUGUAUUGACAAAUUUUUCAACAAAGCUAUAGAAGCUAUUAAAAAUGAGGCAGUGAUUGGAAUCGAUGCAACAGGUGCAAGUAGUGUUGGUAUGUCUUAUCAAGUAACACUCCUUAGUAUAGCCAUACAGAUGUGUGUGUACCAGUUUGACAUCCAGAAACUUGGAAUGGCAGCUUUUGAUGCUGGCUUACGAUCUGUCCUAGAAAGUAAGGUCCAGAAAGUAAUUCACGAUAGUCGUCUUUUAUCAGCUUGUUUGUAUCACAAAUACUGGGUCAGGAUAGAUAAUGUUUUUGACACACAAGUAGGUGAGCUGAUGAUAGAGAAGAAUUCAUGCGGAAAGUUUCCAAAAUAUGUAUGCAGUUUACCAGAAUGUGUGAAAAUAUUUCUGGGAAUUCCACCUGCAGUAGUACAAUUCAACAAAAAUGAUACAGUAUGGUGGACCAAGCGCCCUUUGUUACAAAGCCUUAAGUGUCCAGCAGCACGUAAUGCUGUCUUUCUGUUACCCCUACAGCAACGUAUCAAAGCCAAAAUGUUCUCACCUGUAACACAAGGUAUUAACAUUUUCCUGAAAGCAGUCAGAGAUGCAGGAAAUGAUGAAGCCAACCUGCACAUAGGAAACAACCACCUUGUUCCACAAGAAUUUCUUAUGCUAGAAAGUACAACCACACAAAUGUAAGACUAUUAAAAAAAUAGCUCACACACACACACAUAUGUGUAUACAGUACUCUGAAGCUGUGAGGUACAGCAUUAUUUAUUAGUUUUUAGUUCAAUUAUGCUGUUAGUAGGUAAGACUAUGUAAUGUCAGAUGACUAAUGAAAACUUUUGAACUGA